AUGGCCGAGUCGCGAUUCCCAUUUGAGCAAUACAUGUCGGAAGCAUUCAUCGAAAGCGCCGGUGCGAUAUUGUUCUGCCUUGCAUCACGAGAGAUUUGCGUGCUUCACGUCCUGGACUCGGAUGAAUAUGUGCUCGCCAAGGGCCGCCGAAACUGCGGAGAGUCUCGCCAAGCAGCAGCAUUGCGUGAAUUGACCGAGGAGACUGGCUUCUCGGGGCGUAUCCUGCCGUUAAAUAUGCACACCCGCUCUCCACCCGCGACUGAAACCGAGAAAUUGGAUGAUGGCGCCCGUUUCUACCUGGGGAUCACUGAGCCACUGGCCUUGCAAAUCCGCCGGCGUAGCGACAGCGAGGUCAAGCUGAUUUGGUGGUAUGCUGCCAGUGUGGAUGAGACUAUUCCACCUGUUGAGUCGCUCGAGAAGGAUAGAUUUGCGGUGUAUUUUUUCAGCUAUUCUGAGGUGUUGGACAAGUUGACGUUUCAGACGGAUCGUGAGAUGGUAAAGAAGGCCAUCGAUCUGGUGGAACAUACGUAUGAGCAAGGCCACACGUUUUAG